UUCAACAUUAACCACUUCUCAAGUACGAGACAACAACAAACAACCUGGACAGCAUGCUAUUAGAAACCGAGUGCGGAAUUUGCUACCGCACAUUCAACGUCGGUCGGCGGUGUCCACGACAGCUGAUCUGCAAACACACAUUUUGUGAAAGCUGCCUGGUGACUCUCGCGCAGUCCGUGGAGGGCCCCGAACCCCGGUUACUGUGUCCGCUGUGCCGUCACUCCACGCCGCUGUCAGAGGCGAGAAUCAAAGACAAUCUGCCGGUAGAUGAGGACAUUUUUGAGCGGCUGGUGUCCGCGAGCUGCUUGGAGGAGUGUACGGAUGACGACGAGGAUACCGAGGAGCCAGACCAGGACGCGCCCAGCCCGCGUAAAACGGACAGUCCUCCGCCUAGAUCUCCAAGUGGACGACUGAUGAGAUCCAUAAGGCGCCUUUGCAAAAAACUCACCGGGGAGAGUAGAAAUUGUAUGACUGAUGAUGACUUGAGGGACCUGGCUAUGAUGUCCUGCUACAUGAUGUAACCAAAACCAAGAUUUCAAGUUGUUGAAUUUUCAAGACAACAAGUGUCAUGAGUAAAUCUCAGGCACCUCUCAAGCAUAUGGGAUACGCUUCGCUGCUACAGAACCAAUGUGGAAGAAGUUGCUUUUGCACAUUUGGAAUAUCACCAUGUAGGCUGCUGUUUGCUGAUAGGUGUGACUCAUCACCAUAACAACAGGAAUUUUAGGGAAUCCCAGAGCAACCAAUAAACAAACAGAAACAAAGUAACGUUAAAGAACAUAUUUAAUAAUAUUUAUGUAUUUUAUAAAUCUGUAUUUAGUACAGAGUGACACAUGGAUACACAGAGUGUCUUGAUCUUAAAGCUGAAAUGAACCACAUUACCUACAGAUUAUUCUUCGUUCAGGCCUGGGUCAUUUUAUUGAUGCUUUUUUGUGUUGUUACAAAGGUCAAUUCAAAAGCCAGGUGUAUUUUAAAGUAUGCCAUUGCAUGUCAGAUUUCUCCUGCAAGAACUGAAAAAUACUAUGAACUGUCACAUUUGACCCUAUAAUUGUUACAUUUGUAUCAAAAUAAGACAAAUGAUGAGGAUUAAUAUGUUUGUCUUUUCAAACAAUCUUCCAUUAUCAAAAACAACUUAAUCAAUUACAGUUUUUUUUUUUUUUACUAUGCUGAGUGAUAUUUAUUUAAAGGGAAAGAAAGGCAUUGUUUGUGUACUGUUAUAUGUUUACCACACUGUUUUUGCGCUCUGUAAAUUAUUAC